ACUUUAAACGAACAGAAGAAGAAGUUGAAGGGAAAACAUGGCGGCGUCCUUUGUCGAUACAUUUAGGGAGAAUCGAACACAGCCACAGAAGCUUCCCUAAAGUCUCCACUGACACGGACAUGAUAUUUACAGCCGGGGCCCCAGCCGCGUUACUAUGUGGGCCUCCGGCUCCCUCUGCCGGCGCUGCUGGCCGCGCCCGCUGCGGCGGCUGUCCCGCGGACUCUCGUCCUCACCGGGCCCCCCCUGGAGGCUCCUGUUCUUUGGCUCGGACCAGUUUGCCGUGGAAUCUCUGAAGCUGCUCACGUCUAGCAGGAGCAGCCGUGACGGGAUCGUGGAGUCCCUUGAGGUUGUCACGUUGUCUGGUGACGUCCCGGUGAAGCGGUUCGCUCACCAGAAGCAGCUAGCGGUCCACAGCUGGCCCCCCGACAAUGUAGAAGGUCGCUUCGACGUCGGCGUGGUGGUGUCGUUCGGCUGUCUACUCCACGAGGGGCUGAUUAACAAGUUUCCACAUGGCGUGUUGAAUGUUCACCCCAGCCUGCUGCCUCGGUGGCGAGGGCCAGCCCCCAUCUUCCACACCAUCCUGCACGGAGACACAAUGACGGGGGUCACUAUCAUCCAGAUCCGCCCUCACAGGUUUGAUGUGGGCCCCAUUCUCAACCAGGAGCUCCAUGAGGUCCCUGGGAACUGUACCGCUGAUGAGCUUGGAGCCCUCCUUGCCACUAAGGGAGCACAUCUGCUGCUUGACACGUUCAGAACGCUGCCUGAGAGGCUGGUACUCAAAAGGCAGCAAAGCCCAACAGGCGCAACAUUUGCCCCGAAGAUCAGCGCGUCCAUGAGCUGGCUGCAGUGGGAGGAGCAGACGUGUGAGCAUGUGGACCGCCUGUAUCGGGCCAUCGGAUCGCGGAUACCGCUGAGGACCACGUGGAUGGGCAGGACCAUCAAACUCCUGGAUUUUGUAGGGAAAUGUCACAUUUCAUUAUUGGAUCCAAAGAGGAAACCGGUGCCGGGGACACUGAGCUACCAGAAGGAGUCCAACACUCUGGCUGUCUGCUGUAAGGACGGCUGGGUGGGAUUCAAAGCGGUGCUGCUGAAGAAGAGGCUGACCGCUGCUGACUUCUACAAUGGCUACCUGCACCAGGCCCUGCAGCAGGGCCCCCGCCCUCACACAGCUGAGGGGCGCUUCGUCAGCCCCAAACCAGCAACCCACGCACAUGAGAAGAGGGACCAGUCCAAGCUGUGAUGCAGCGGAGAAGGUCCUUUUCCCACUGGACGUUCCCUUAACACAUGACCUAUGACCUCACCGGUUCUGGUGUGUGUGGUGCUCCUGUCUGUUUUAAGACGUCUGCAUUUACAUUUCAUAGUCAAUGUGCUGGCGUGUGGCGGAUCCAAGAGACACCUAUCAACUCAUUAUUUCUGUUUCAAACUGUACAUUUCCUAAUGAGUAAAGCAAUUCUACACUGCAGUGGAUUUUAUUAAAUGGAAUAUAAACGA